UUGUUACCUAUACUGGUGUCAUUAUUGUUAAAGGAGACUGUGAUACCGGUAGAAUGUCUUCUUCGAGAGCCAGCUCCAGUACCUGAAGCAGAUACCAAACUGAGUGAUUGGGUCAGCUCUGUAAAGACCACUGAAAAAUACACAGUAAAUGUUUUUUAUCUAGGUUCAAUGGUGUUGAGUGGCGGGCAUGGACAAAUAAUUAUUUUAAGUGAAUUAGAGGAUGGGAAAGAACAAAGUUUUGUGCCACAAGCAGUAUUUCGGGGUCAUGAGCGCAGUAUAGAAUGCCUAGCAGUCAGUCCCGACGGCUCACGAUUUGUGUCGGGCAGUUUCGACACGUUUUUGAAAGUUUGGAAUCCCGAUCUUAGCGACGACGAAACAAACUAUAAGGGUAAAGAGAACGGAACAGUGAAGAAGCGGAAAACAGCUAUAACAAAAACGCCUAUUGUUACAUUGACUGCUCACGUAGACGCAGUUGUAGCGGUAUCUUGGCUGCCGAACUCAAAGAAUGACGUAGUUACUGCCUCUUGGGAUCAUAGCAUGGUGUUUUGGGAUUUAGAACUUGGAGUUGGAUUUAUGCCGUCGUCUAAGUCCUUCACCUGCUUGGCUGUGUGCCCGUCAUCUAAUUUUAUAAUUACUGGUUCAGCUGACCCUAUAGUCAGAUUGUGGGAUCCUCGUAAAGGUUCAUUGGUCAAACAGACCUUUAUGGGACACACAGGGUGGGUGUCUUCAGUUUCUUGGAAACCCAAUAGCGAUCAUGUUUUUAUAUCGUCCAGCUUCGAUCAAGUUACCAAAAUGUGGGACGUCAGAAGCGGAAAAACGUCACUGUACGACUUAAAAGGGCACGAUGACAGAAUCUUAUGUUCCGAUUGGUCACGAAAAGAAUUAAUUGUUAGCGGUGGCGCUGAUUGUACGAUGAAGGUUUUUAAAACAGAAUCAUAG